GUGCUUCUAACAGAAGUAAUAGAAAGGAACCAACCCCUUUAUUCCCUUCAGCUUGCUCUGAAAGGAGUGAGCAGUGACCAUUUCUAUUUAUCAAUCAAUGGCCCCAUUGGUGGACUCUCCAUGGACUCUAUUGGUCAAUAGAGAAUGUGAUAGCCAAUGUAAAUAACGGAGGCAGACACGCGCUCACUUUCCUCUGAUAGCCAUCCACCUCUUCUCCUUGUAUAAAUCAAUCGGCCUCUUCUUCCUUCCUGUCUUAGGAAGACGAGUCAAUAGCAAUUUCUCAUCCGUCAUGGCGAAUCCGAGAAGCUCAGUCCAGCUCCAGCUUAUGAAACCAGUUGGAUUUAGAUUUCAUCCAACCCAUGAAGAAUUAAUAAGUAAUUAUUUGGUGCCCAAAACGCGUGGUGAUAACGUGAAGGACUUGCUACUCAUGGCAGAGGUGAUCCUUUGCAAGCAUGAACCAUGGGAUCUACCUGAUAAAUCGAUUAUGAAGUCAGAUGAUCAAGCGUGGUAUUUCUUUUGCCCUCGCGAACUCAAGAAUUCGAACAGAAAAUUUUCUAACAGAAGAACGAAGGCGGGAUUCUGGAAAUCAACCUGCCAGGGAAAGCCCAUAAAGGCUAAGCAUACCAAGAAAGUGAUCGGUAUAAGAAAGACCUUGGUUUUCCAUGAAAAAGCUGGGCCGAAAGCUAAGAGGACUGGGUGGAUCAUAUACGAAUAUGAUAUCACCGAUUCUAGGCUGUCUAAAGAAGGGCAAUAUGUUCUUUGUAGAUUGAAGAAAAACCCAGAUGAGAAGACCAAGAAAGGGGAACAAAAUCACCACAUGACUACAGUCUCAGAUAAUGAUGCUGAACCAAGUCAGAGUGUGGCUUCUAAUUCUGAAAGUCAAAAUGGAAGUGCGAUGACGGUGAAUUCAGCUUUUGAUGCAAGUGAACUAAGCCACCAUGUGGCUACUAAUAAUUUUGAAACUCGAAACUCAAAUGGGCUGAUGAAUUACUCAGAUCCUCAAGUUAGUGAAUUAAACCACUACAUGGCUUCUGAUUUUAGAAAUCGGAACUCAAAUAAGGUAAAGUCUAAUUCAGCUUAUGCUGGAAGUGGGUCGCUCCACUCCAUGUCUUCUAAUUCUAAAACUCUAUACUGGAAUCAGCCGACAGUUGGUUCAGAUUAUAAAGGAGGCAAAAGUCACUAUAAGGCUUUUGAUCCGGAAACUCAAAUUUCAAACAACAUGAUUACCAUGCCAAUUAAUGAGAAUUGGUUAAUGGCUUAUGAGAAAUGGUUAAUGGCUUCUGAUUUUAAAAAUCAGGACUCGCCCUCUCAACCUGAAGGUGAAUGCGGUCCUUCCGUGGUGAUCCCUUCUGUGUUUAUAAAUCAAUCAACUAAUGAUAGUGAAUCCAGAAGCCAAAUGGCUUCUGAAUUUAUAAAUCAAAAUGCAGACAAGGAAAUCGAUAUACCAGCCUUCGGUGAAAGGAGUUCCCUCACAGAAACUCCUUCGGAUUUUUUAAAUCAAAAUCCUUGUAAGAAGACUGAUAUGUCAACCUUUGAAGAAGGUUAUUCGAGUAACUCGACGACUUCUAUUUCAGACAAUAAUCUAGGUGAUGGCGCGCUUCCAGAGGUAAUCCGUGAGAAGUUGGAAAUGCUGGAAAAGUUUCUUGAGCUAUAGAAAACAGCCUUAACACUGCACUUCAGCUGCCAGUAUGCGUGGAAUACAGCCACUACAUGCGCUUUGAUACCUGUGCAUCUACUUAAAAAUAUCAGUUCUCUAGUCCUACACCCCCUUCAUUUCCUAUUU